AUGGAUGUAGUGAAGCUGGCGCUGGAGAAGGGGAGCGGACAGCAGGCUCCGGUCGCCGUUGCAGCUGUUGCUCAGGCUCCAGCCCUGGCUCCUGCUCUGGUUCUGGCUCCGGAUCCAGCUCCAGCUCGGGCUCAGGCUCAGGCUCCAGCUCCGGCUCCAGCUCGCCGCCGCCUACUCCUCCUGCCCCGACCACCACCACCGCUGCUGCCCCUCCGGCAGUCAGAGAUGCUGCCGCUCCUGCCCAGCAACCAGCACCGGCUCCGUGCUCGCAGGAAAAGAAAGGAGCUGCUGCUGGGCCAGGUCUGCUUCCUGGGCUCCCUCUUGCUGCUCCUCUCGUCCCUGGGUAACUGGGCUGAUAAAGCCGGUUAUUAUAUCUUUGACUAUAUGGAAACAAGUGACAAAUGGAGUGGGAGGAGAUUACUGCAAGAGAAUGCUACCUUGAUUCCAGAGAAUACAGAACCCUUGCCUGGUAAAAACUGCACUGACCCUGCUCUCCAUGAAUUCCCCAGUGACAUCUUCACGAAUGAGGAACGGCGACAAGGAGCUGUGAUCUUACACGUCCUCUGUGCCAUGUACAUGUUCUAUGCUUUGGCCAUCGUGUGUGAUGACUUCUUUGUCCCUUCCUUGGAAAAGAUUUGUGAACGCCUCCAUCUCAGUGAAGAUGUGGCUGGAGCUACUUUCAUGGCAGCUGGAAGCUCUGCUCCUGAGUUAUUUACAUCUGUUAUAGGUGUUUUCAUCACAAAAGGGGAUGUGGGUGUUGGAACCAUUGUUGGCUCAGCUGUCUUCAAUAUUCUCUGCAUCAUUGGUGUCUGUGGGCUUUUUGCUGGGCAGGUUGUAUCUCUGUCUUCUUGGUGUCUCCUGAGAGAUUCAACUUACUAUACGCUGUCGGUCGUUGCUCUCAUUGUGUUUAUAUAUGAUGAAAAAGUUUCUUGGUGGGAGUCCUUAGUGCUAGUGCUAAUGUACAUUAUCUACAUCAUUAUUAUGAAAUACAAUGCUUGCAUACAUCAGUGCUUUGAAAGGAGGACAAAGAGUGCUGGGAACAUGGUCAAUGGCUUGGCCAAUAAUGCAGAAAUUGAUGACAACAGCAAUUGUGAUGCAACGGUAGUGCUCCUUAAGAAAGGUAACCGCGAAGCAAAUUUCCACCGCAAAGCUUCAGUGAUCAUGGUGGAUGAGCUGCUAUCAGCAUAUCCACAUCAGCUCUCUUUUUCUGAGGCCGGGCUCCGGAUCAUGAUUACCAGCCACUUUCCCCCCAAAACUCGGCUCUCCAUGGCCAGCCGCAUGUUGAUUAAUGAGAGGCAAAGAUUAAUAAACAGCAGAGCAUAUGCAAAUGGAGAGUCAGAGGUGGCCAUAAAAAUUCCCAUCAAGCAUGCUGUUGAGAAUGGAACAGGACCCAGCAAUGCCCCAGAGAGGGGUGCUAAUGGGACCCGACGGGAUGAUGAUGUCACUGAGGCUGGCAAUGAAACUGAGAAUGAGAACGAGGACAAUGAGAACAAUGAGAAUGAUGAAGAAGAAGAAGAGGAUGAUGAUGAUGAUGAGGGACCUUACACUCCAUUCGACCCACCCUCUGGUAAAUUGGAAAUAGUGAAGUGGUUGUUCACCUGGCCACUGAGUUUGGUCUUAUACUUCACUGUCCCCAACUGCAACAAACCCCGAUGGGAGAAGUGGUUCAUGGUGACAUUCGCCUCAUCCACCCUAUGGAUUGCAGCCUUCUCUUACAUGAUGGUUUGGAUGGUUACAAUUAUUGGCUACACUUUAGGUAUUCCUGAUGUGAUUAUGGGGAUCACAUUUCUGGCAGCUGGGACAAGUGUGCCUGAUUGCAUGGCCAGCCUCAUCGUGGCAAGACAAGGGAUGGGUGACAUGGCUGUAUCCAACUCCAUCGGAAGCAAUGUGUUUGACAUUCUGAUUGGCCUGGGCCUCCCGUGGGCUCUGCAGACACUGGCAGUGGAUUAUGGCUCCUAUAUUCGACUGAAUAGCAGGGGACUGAUCUACUCUGUUGGCUUGCUCUUGGCCUCGGUUUUUGUCACGGUAUUUGGUGUCCACAUGAACAAGUGGAAGCUGGACAAGAAGCUGGGGUUCGUGUGCCUUUUCCUUUAUGGCAUCUUCUUGUGUUUCUCCAUCAUGACCGAAUUCAACGUUUUCACCUUUGUGAACUUGCCCAUGUGCAGGGAGCACUGAUCCACCUGGCAAGGCUGAGGUGCCAUUUCCUUCUUUUUUCUGUGCAAUACUCAACAUGGCCGGCACCCCCACAAGAGCACGGGGUGCUUCCGACGGGCCGUGAAGUACGGUCUAUCCUGCUCGCUGUUCUCCUCUCUGGCUAGCCCUCCAUUUUUCCUCUUUCUCACUCCCAACCUCCGCCCUGUUCACCCCCAUCAGGAAAACCUGAUGUGUGUCGAUGUGAAGACUCUCCACAUUCAUAUGAUUUUUCAAUCUCUAUCUCUCUGAACAGUGACUGGGAUCCUAGAAGCACUGGCUGCUACCUGGCUCUGAGCCAGACAGAACUUGCUCCAAUUCCUCCUCUUUUUUUAAGUUAUUUGAUGGAAGACUAAUCUAAUUUAUGACUUGAGAUUGUGGGUAAAAUAGAGAAGAAGAGGCUACACUGAU